AUGGAGGAAAGUGUAGAAAAUAGUUCGGAAACAAGAUUUUCUACCAAACAGACUACAGAUUCCGUUUUAAGAAAUAAAGAGAGCAGUUCUAGCGAUAAUUUGUUCGUUAUUGCUAGAUGUCAAAGAAACAAAGAGGUUAUUCCUAAUCAAAAUACAAGUACAAGUAACAACCAGGAAUCAUCCGAAGAUUCGGAUAUCGAAGAGCUAUAUGUACUAGACGAGAUUAUAGAUCGCCCACCGGAGCACCAGAUUUUCGUUAGCCUCUUCCGACAAGUGGAACCGAUCAAAGUCCUGCUGGACGGCAAGACGCAAGGCACCUUCGUCAGCGCGGUGAAAGCUAUAGUUUUCAACAACGAAACCAAUGACGAUGGCCGAUGCAAGCUCAUCUUCAUAUCAGCUAAAGAGUACAACUACGAAGCUUGCAAAAGGCGCAUACUCACCCUGUCCUUACCACACGAGCCCCAUAAUGGCACGGAGGAAGAGCGCACGAUGUUCCUCCGCACGGCAGUGGACUUCAGUCAGGUCCAGAGCGUGCAUGCACUGGGCGCAUUACUCCGAUACCUAGACUUGAACUGGUCCAAUCUGACUUUGAAUAUGCAAAGCAAACCGCAGUUCCUGAGCUUGAAGAGAAUUUCUUUAGCGGACAUUGUGACCAUAGACGAGGAUACGUACCGCGGACUGCAGGUGUUUAGUUCACUCGCACACCCCAGUAGCUUCAAGAAAGGCGUUCAGGGCAGCAACAAGGAAGGCCUCAGUUUAUUCCAGUUAUUUAGCAAAUGUUCCUCUAGGGUUGGCCAUUCACGAUUGAGAUAUUCUAGACCUUUUCAUUUUCAGGGCAUCCUUGCUAAAAUCAAAGCGCUAUCUGCUAAACCCUAUCAGUGGAAGUCGUUGUAUAACACGUUGUACAACGCUGUGCUCAUAUGCGAACUGUGUGAGAACGCGGGCAGCUCCAGCGAGAUUCUCCAGCAGCUCGCCUCGUGCGACAACCAUAACUUGUAUGAGAUGGCACUAUGCAUGAAUAGAAUUAUUGACUUCGAUCUGUCCAAGUCUGAAGGAAAGUUUACCGUGAAAGCGGGUGUCGAUCCCGACCUGGACUUGAAGAAACAAACGAUGGCGAGCCUUCACGGGCUUAUGUCAGAAACUGCUAAAGUGGAAUUGGACCGACUGCCGGCUUUCGUAGAGGAGUGCACUAUGCUGUACAUGCCGCACCUCGGCUACUUACUCGGUGUGAAGGCCUGGGCUGACAACUUGACCAUGCAACAGAAGGAACUGCCAAAUAUGAAAUUUAUGUUCCAAAAUAAUGACUACAUACACUACAAGAGCAAGGGAUGUGAAGAGCUGGAUGUGAUGAUAGGCGACACGUACCCAGAGAUAGUCGCUCACGAGACCAGGAUCAUGAUGCGAUUGACGGCUGUAAUGUUGGAGAAUCUGCACACACUCGCUUCUGUGAUAGACAAGUGCGCCGAGCUCGAUUGCCUUAUAGCAAUUGCAAAGGUUUGCAAAGAAUUAAAUUUUGUUCGACCUACCCUCACAACUGAGAAAGUGAUCAAAGUAAAACAAGGCAAGCACCCCCUGUAUGUAACGACCUGCGACAACUUCGUGCCCAACGACGCAGAGAGCAGCCGUGAUGCAGGCUUCGUCAAGAUCCUAACGGCACCUAACUCUGCGGGGAAAUCAGUUUAUUUGAAACAAACAGGUCUGAUUGUAUACCUGGCUCACAUCGGCAGCUUCGUCCCGGCAGAGUCUGCCGAGAUUGGCAUAGUGAGCCACAUUUACUCCAGGAUACAGUCCACCGAGUGCGUGGCCGCGCAUAUGUCCGCAUUCCUCAUAGAUUUGAGACAAAUGGCCCUGGCUCUCCAGGAGUCCACAAGCAACUCGCUGAUCAUAGUCGACGAGUUCGGCAAAGGCACCUCGGAGAUAGACGGGCUGGCGCUGCUCUCAGCCUGUCUCAACACUCUACUAUUCCGUGGGGAACAGUGUCCUCACGUGUUUCUGUCCACGCACUUUCUCAAUAUCAAGGAAUACGUUCUUGAUACGCCUAUUGUGAAGUUUCUUACGUUGGAAUACGUGAUUCGUGGCGGCGAGCCGGUGUUCUUGUUCCGGGUCAUAACCGGGAGCGGAGACCGCGGUGGCGGGUACGGUUGCGCACCGGGUCUAGAACGCAUGCGCACACGCGCUAUGGCCAUAGCUGAUGCCGUGCAGAACAAUACUUUACCACCUCCAGAGAAGAAAAUACAAACCAAAAUCAAUUAUGCCAUAGAAAAAUUGAAAAACGACCUUAUAGCGGAAGAAAUUUAA